AUGAGUGUACAAGGACAUAUUUUGAUAUUUUGUUAUCUUUUGAUACUAUCUAGUGUAUCGUGUACAACAUUUAACCGUGAUAAUGGAGCCGUUCCAGAAACUUUUCGUAACAUUGAAAAUCUCACAAAAUCAAAGCGCGACGCCGUUCAAAACAUCUCGAGUUCAAGCGAGUCCCCUGCAACUACACAAAUUCCAAUUACGAUACUAAACGGGUCUUCUGAAAGCCCUAACAUUGUUUAUGAAGUGGGACCUUCUAACUCUUCGAUACUGUCUGUUAUUCAAGUAAAUAUAUCCUCUUCAGCAUCCCCCAAUGCAUCUGUAGGUCCUUCUGAUAUUGCAGCACUUCCUGGAAAAAGCUCAGCAGAAGAUGAACAUAAUAGUUCUAUGGCCAUUUUCUUUGUACUCUGCAUAUUAGCACUUGGCAUUUUACUUAUACACCUUAUGCUUCAAACAGGAUUUUCUUAUUUGCCUGAGAGUGUUGUGAUUGUAUUUCUGGGAGCAUUAAUUGGUAUGAUAAUUAACUUGAUGUCUAUAAGAAACAUUGCUAAUUGGAGGAAGGAAGAGGCGUUUUCCCCUACUGCAUUCUUUUUGGUGCUAUUGCCACCAAUCAUUUUUGAAUCUGGUUAUAAUCUACACAAGGGAAAUUUUUUCCAAAAUAUUGGUUCUAUUUUAUUAUUUGCUAUCGUUGGAACUGCUAUAUCCGCUUUUGUUAUAGGAGCUGGGAUUUACUUGUUAGGUUUAGCUCAGGUAGUUUAUAAGUUAAGUUUUGUAGAAAGCUUUGCAUUUGGAUCUCUUAUAUCUGCCGUGGACCCAGUAGCUACAGUGGCUAUAUUCCAUGCGUUAGAUGUGGAUCCAGUUUUGAAUAUGUUGGUAUUUGGUGAGAGUAUAUUGAAUGAUGCUGUGGCCAUAGUACUGACAACAGCCGUGUUAGACUCCAAUGAUCCUAUCAUGUCUACAACAGAUGCAAUUUUAUCAGCUAUCAAUAGAUUUUGGUUGAUGUUCUUUGCAUCAGCUGGAAUUGGUGUUUUGUGUGCAUUAAUAAGUGCACUACUAUUAAAGCAUGUUGACUUGCGGAAGAAUCCUUCCUUGGAAUUUGGUAUGAUGCUUGUCUUUACAUAUGCCCCUUAUGUACUGGCUGAAGGGAUUAAUUUAUCAGGAAUUAUGGCUAUAUUAUUCUGUGGGAUUGUUAUGUCUCAUUACACACAUUUCAAUCUAUCAACAGUGACACAGGUCACUAUGCAGCAAACUAUGAGAACUCUUGCUUUCAUUGCUGAAACUUGUGUAUUUGCCUAUCUUGGACUUGCAAUUUUCAGUUUCCGUCACCGAGUUGAACCAGCACUAGUUGUUUGGAGCAUAAUUCUUUCUUUGCUUGGCAGAGCAGCUAAUAUAUUUCCACUUGCUUUAUUGUGUAAUAAAUUUCGGGAACACAAGAUAACUAAAAAGAUGAUGUUUAUCAUGUGGUUUAGUGGUUUACGCGGCGCUAUUUCCUACGCCCUGUCCCUUCAUCUCAACUUUUCAGAUGAAACCCGUCACGUUAUUAUAACAACUACGCUUAUUAUCGUUUUAUUCACCACUCUGUUUUUCGGAGGUUCCACUAUGCCACUCCUGAAGUUCUUGCGGGCUAACAAGAAAACUAAACGUCUGCGAUCGCAGCGUAAACAGAAGGAAGUCAGCUUGUCUAAAACCAAAGAAUGGGGACAGGCUAUAGAUUCUGAACAUUUGUCUGAAAUCACAGAAGAAGAAUUGGAGGUGAACUACUCACAUGCGACGAGGUUAAAAGGUUUCGUGCGUCUUGACUUGAAGUACCUUACCCCAUUCUUUACUCGACGAUUCACACACCAGGAAUUGAAGGAUUGCAAGAGCCAGAUGACGGAUCUCACUAAUCAAUGGUAUCAAGCUAUACGAAUUUCCAAUGACAAUGAUACAGACGAAGAAGAAAUCCUACAACAAGGUUCACUAAGUAACUCGCGAAGCAGUUUGCAAAGAGUAACGUAA